AUUAUUUUGCUUAUAUAAAGAAGUGUGCUUGCCACUUAAUUUGUUAAUUGUGCCAACUGUGCCGAAACCUAGACAGCAUAGCCAUGAACAAGUUCGCUACCCUCGCGGUUCUCUUCUGCGCCUGCAUUGUGGGCAGCUGCUACGCCAACUACGGCGGCCGCCCUGGCUACGGACACGGUGGCUACGGCCAGGAGAGGUCCUCGGGAUCUGCUGGUGCAGCUUCUGCUGCCAGCUCGGCGGCUUCGAGCAACGAGGGUCGCGGUUAUGAGCGUUAUGAGCGCCCCGUCGAGAUCAUCGCCGGCGGACACCGUGGAGGCUACGGCCAGAACCACGAGAUCCUGCGCCCCAUUAACAUUGGCAGCUACGGACACGGACGUCGUGGUCCCAGCUACAACCGCGGCUAUGGACCCCGCUGGACUGUCCAGCCCGCUGGCGCCACCCUGCUGUAUCCCGGCCAGAACAACUACCGCGCCUACGUCUCGCCCCCAGAGUACAGCAAGGUGAUCCUGCCCGUCCGCGCUGCCGAGCCGGUGGCCAAGCUGUACGUGCCUGAGCACGGAUACGGCCAGGAGUACCGCGAGCGCCCGUACGGCGGACCCCGCGGCGGCUACUAAGCGGAUACUUAAUCCCAGCCAAAGGCCACCUAGGCGGAUACUUGAUCUGAGCCUGGACGUGUACAUAAUAAACCAAGAAUGAAAAAACAUAA